CUAUCGUCAACAGUUAAGUGGCGCUCUAACCAAAAUGUCUUCCAAAACAUGGUUUUGAGUUUAAGAACAAAGUCUCAUACUUUCAUAGUUUGUCGUGGUUUAGUCUGAUGAAUUUACAAGUUUUCACUAUUUUUCACAAUGUGUAGGUAUCGCAGUUUUACACUUGGUGGUUCUAGCAGAAAAGGCUGUGGAUAAUUUUGAAAAGUAAGGAGUUAGUUGGAACAUUACGUGCGAAGUUUCUGCGAUCGGACGUCCCGUGUCAGCGCCCAUGCGAACCGCUGGGCAUGCUGGGUGAGCUGCCGUGGUUUUCGUACUCUUCACGGUUUAUAUGAGACAGUCAAGCAGACCGCAGAGAAGAGCAUUCACGGACGAACCAAAAAUGUAUGGAGGUGGCAAGCAAGACUACGUAUUCGACUUUGACUUGGAUCCAUAUCAGAGUUUUAUGAGGAAUCACCUGAAGCAUUAUGGGUACUACACAGGACGUAAUGAGAGUUAUCGGAGCUCUGCCCAUACAUUCGAUGAGUGGGAUUGUACCCAUGGAUACGCCAUCAGUGAUCAAGGUUCUGAUACUGAGUAUGAGAACCAAGCACUCAAAGACGACAAAGCCAAUGUACAGGAAGAGAAGAGAACAACUCAACUUACUUUCAAAUAUCAAGCUGGAAAGAUGGUGCCUAGACUCAGGGAACCCAGGCAUCUAUACGCACAGUCUAAAGAUGGAGGCUCGCAGCAGGCCCCUAGAUGGCCAGCUGAUGUAGAGGUAUUAUCAAACAGAGUCUGUCAUGUUCCUUACGUGCCAAAGGAAAGGGAAGCAUUCUAUCAACCAACUGGUUAUGAGAAGAUGCCUCAGCCAUCUGCUGAAGGAGAAGGGAGAGUCGUGUACUUCAGCCCACCAACCAAAGAAGCAUAUUUUCUGAGGUCAAGGGUCGGAGGUAGUAGGAGUGGUUGUCCACUGAGGGCAGUCAAGAUCAAGACUCCAGAAGACACGACGCUCGUCAUUGAGGCAAGAUUUGAGAGUGGGAACCUGAUGAAAGCAACGCAAGUAUCUGAGAACGAGUAUGAACUACAACUCCGCUAUGAUCUGUACACCAACAAACACACACAGUGGUUUUAUUUUAGAAUACAGAACAUGAGACGAGGCUUCAAGUAUCGGUUUACUAUCACCAACUUCAUGAAGCCUGGAAGUUUGUACAACAAUGGAAUGAGACCAUUAUUGUACUCAGAGAUUGAUGCGCAGAAGAGGAAUAUUGGUUGGCAUAGAGCUGGCGAAGACAUCAAGUAUUACAAGAACUAUCUCAAGAGAUCUGAUGGCAAAGGUGACAGGAAUUUCUACUCCUUAACGUGGACCUGUGUCUUCCCUCAUGAUAACGAUGUGUGUUACUUUGCUCACUGCUACCCAUACACCUACUCAGACUUACAGGACUACCUUCUUAAUGUGUCCAACGAUCCCGUCCGUAGUAAGUUCUGUAAGCAGCGAAUCCUGUGUCGCUCGCUGGCUGGCAACAUCGUUCACAUCUUAACAAUCACAUCACCUGCUAAGAACCCAGAAGAUGCCAAGAUGAAGAAAGCGGUUGUCUUGACUGCAAGGGUUCAUCCUGGCGAGACUAACGCUAGCUGGAUGAUGAAAGGAUUCUUAGACUUCCUGACAGGGUCAUCAGGAGAUGCUAAGCUUCUGAGGGACACGUUUGUCUUCAAGAUCAUACCCAUGUUAAACCCUGACGGUGUCAUCGUUGGUAACUACCGAUGUUCCCUCGCUGGUCGUGAUCUGAACCGUAACUAUAAGAGUGUCCUCAAAGAUUCCUUCCCUUCAGUCGCUCACACUAAACUCAUGAUCAAGAAGUUGAUGGAAGAGAGAGAGGUUGCUAUCUAUUGUGAUCUCCAUGGUCACAGCAGGAAACAAAACGUCUUCAUCUAUGGAUGUGAGAACAAAGACAAUCCUAAGAGAAGGUUACGAGAACGCAUCUUCCCUGUCAUCAUGGGACGUAAUGCUGCAGACAAGUUUUCCUACGACAUCUGUAAGUUCAAAGUUCAGAAGAGCAAGGAAGGAACGGGCCGUGUGGUGGUUUGGCAGAUGGGAAUAAUGAACAGCUACACCAUGGAGGCCACUUUUUGCGGUUCCACGUUGGAUGAUAAGAAAACAGGUCAUUUCAGAACUGCUGAUUACGAGGCCAUGGGACAUCACUUCUGUGAUACAAUCCUGGAUUAUUUUGAUCCCAACGAGUCCAAAUGUGAACAAAUCUUAUCUGAUCUGGAGGAGAAACUGAGACAGCAGAUUCUGCGUCACCUGGAGAGAACCGGAUCCCCCCUACCAGCGAAUGGAAUCAUCGACCUCAGUGAAGACUACUCAUCAGCACUUGAGUCAAGCACAACUGGUUCUGACAGCUCCGUUGAUGAUGGAUUGCCUGUUCAUCUGUUAGCUCUGGCACCUAAGUUGACCAAGAAGAAGAAGUUGAAGACAAGAAAGGAGCGAGACAAGAAGAGGAAUAGCUUAGAGAAGAGCAAAGAGAAAGAAGAGGAAAAGAAACCGCCUACACCCAAAAAGGAUAAUCAGAAGAUGAAGUAUCGUCACACUGAUCGUUCCACGUUACACUCUGCUGGGAAGACCAGACCUGUAGUCAACAAGACUGGAGAUGGGAUGCCUGUAUUUGCACAGGAAAGAUGUGAGGAGAAGAACAUCAAGAAGACUGAAUACUUGGAAGCUUUGACUAACGCCUACCUCAUGAGCGGAGUGCUGAAGCCAAGCCAAGACGUACCAUCAUUCCGCUAUUCUGCAGGCAACGCAUCAUUGAGUGCAUCAGGCGUUCCCUUAGCGCACAUGGAUGGCCUGUGUCCUCAUCAUGAGAAAGCCUUAGCGCAGCAGUAUGUAGCCAAUCAGCUGGCUGGAUUGUCAUUCACCGAUAAUUGGAAUCGUUGUGCAGAUGAGCCUCCAACCACCGUGGAAGCCAUCCCCCAACCAACCCUGUCACCAUUCCAACACAGAAACUUCAAUAAUCACAUGGUUACCAUGAACGCACUACAGCAGCAACAGAGACCACUGAAUGAGUACAUACGACAAGCUGCACACCAUAUCAAGACAAGACCUCAGACGGGUAAGAAGGCAAGAGCAGGUUCAGCGAGUCCCAUUAAGACGCAUCCAUCGCCGUUUGAUGAACAGUCUGAAGGAUCAACGGGACAACAGAGUAACUCCUCCAAGAGAGGAGCAUCAAGUAGAAGCGGUAGAAGUCCAUCAGCCACCAGCUUUGCCGUUUAUGAUGGGCAUUCAUAUGGAAGUCUACUUGGCCAUGACAGACCCUCAUCAAAGCACAGUGCACAAGCGGGAUCCCACUAUAGUUCAUUUGUAACCAAGAAAAAACUAAACCAUGAAGAUGAUAAACCAGGCUCCUCAGGCAGUGUGAUAGACCCAACCCAUCCACCUGUAGCUUCAUCCAGUGCCUCCAGUCUCCUCUCAGAGACUGCUAGAGGCUCUAGUGCCAACUCAGCCCAGGUCAACUCGGAGAGUCACCGCUCCAAUCAAGGGACCGCAACUCCCAACGCAAUGGAAACCCAAAAUCUAACCAGGGGCUCAAAGGGUGAGAGUGAGGUCCGUCGUUAUCGUGUCCCAACCCCUGUAUCAUCCUCUAAAUCCCCACACACUGUAUCCAAGAUCCAUCGUUGCUCAACGGAAGCCACUCCAAUCACGGACACCUCGGCUUUCACACUUCAACAACGAAACACCAAGAGCUCGCAUCACUUCCAAAAGGCUCAGAAUUUCUACUCCGGAUCCGUGGUCACUGCCAAGUCAGAUCAGGGGAAGAGAAAUGGUACCUCACCCUCUAGGAAUGAUAAGAAGGGGCCAGAAGGUGGAAACGGUGGCAGCAGUGGGAUCAGAUCAAAGCAGACAGGAUCUCCAGCAGAGAAUCUUACAGGGUAUCGUAUGAGUGUUGCCAGCUUGAAGAAAGCUGGUCUGGUUGGUCAGAAUUAUGCCAACACAAACAACAAUGGUGAGCAAACUUCAGCAGAUGGAAACGAUAAUGCUGAGGAUAAAUCUGGGAGAAAGGUUGAAGGGAUGGAAGAGGUUAACGACGUAGCUCAGCAACGACAGGUUUUGGUUUCGCCGGUUGGAGCAGAGAACGGAGACACUAUAUCGCUACAUUACAAGAAUGAGAUUGGUGGUAAGAGUAGUGACACAGAAACAGAUUCAGAAGCCUGGAAGGAGAUUCGCAAACCCAAGACAUUCCGUGAUAAUCUCAAUGGUUCAAAUGCAACCGAAAAUGAAGCGCAUCACAGAACAAGACACCAGUCUCACGAACAGCAGCAUAGACAACGAUUUGAAAACAGGGUCAAAUCAGCCGGUCAACGUAGCGUCAUGUCUAGUAGAUCAGAACCAAGUAACCCUGAUGGUAGAUUGUUAGAAUCCAAUCUGAGGAACUCAGUUCAGACUAGCGGUAUUGUUGGGCGACCGGUAGCCGGACGGCCGGUAACCCGCCCAUUAUCAUGCAGUAGUAGUGUCCGCUAUACGCCUACAUCAUCUGUGAAGAAUGUUAACGGCGCUCGACCUGUCGUGGAUGGUAUGCAGAAAUACAAGCCUGUGACGGGUACCGAGGAAGCGAUAUACGCUACAAUGUCUGUUAAGCCGUUUCCUAACAGACCGCAAACCCCUGUUGGCAGGUCUGUUGUUACAGGGAACCAGGCAAUGAAGGGACAGCAGCCAAUACGCAGGAAUAAUUUGAAGCAGGGGAGAUCACGGAGCCCAAGGAGCCAGUCUAGGGAUCGCUAUGACGACGACCUCUACGCUGACCGGGUCAUCUCACCACAAAGCACCAGCAAGUUCGUCCACGUGCAGCAAUUGGCUUUGCAGAUGCGUGGAUUCGGUAUAGCGCCCUCCAGUGACCAGGGUGGGCCAUGUGAUGGGGGAAGUAGUUAUCAUAUUGUGAUGGAGGGGGCGGAGUCUGCUGGGCCGAGAGAUGAGAAAAGUGGGCGUAGAACCAGUGAGCCUCCUCGUAGUGGUCGUCGUUCAGCAAAAGGUGUCCGUUCUCCCAUGAUGCACGAGUCCAAGUUCUCACCUGAGGAUGCCACCGCUGAGCCUAGCGUCGUCGUGGAGUUCCAAGGUGGUUUCCAAGGCAAUCAGAAGUCAGCUGCCAUGAUGAGAUAUGCAAGGAAGAAAUGAUUGGACGAUAUUGGGAUCCUGAAUGGACUGAUCAACUAGCCCCACCUCAUGAUCCUUUUAUCAAUCGCAGCCUUCAUUAAUGUCCAACAUGCUUGCACAAAAGUCGGACAUGCCUGCAUGCGCGUAUGAUGUGCGCGGCUGGAACGUGCACUGUGGCAUUGGAGAAGGCACGUUGUUUCCCAUGCGUGUAGUGGGCAGGGCUUAUGUUGUUUCCCAUGUGUGUAGUGGGCUGGGCUUAUUGUCACCUUGCUAUGGAAUCGGUCUCAUUUACCUCAUGGUAUCAAGUUACUCCAAAGUGCCCUCUAUUAACCAACAGGAAAUGGAGUCUUAGUCAACUGAGAAGGGGUUGGGGAGAGGGGGGAUGUAAGAUCUCUUAACAAUGUAUGUGCCAAAUUGUAUAGUACCGGUAGUUUGAUUAGAGUGACAGGAUUUGACAUUAGCAUGAAGGUUUCCUCGCUCUAUCUACAGUCAAAUCUCAGAAACCAGCAUGUGUGAUCAAUCUGAGAAGGGGUUCUCAUUGAUCUCGGAAGAGAGAUGUUUUAUUCUCUCUUUUCUUCAGUCUUGUCUUUCAGUGUUUGCGUAAAAACCAUAGCUCUAUAUUAAAUUACCAGAGCGCUAACUCCUCAUUCCCUGCGGAGAUACAUGUACUUUGAAGCCAUCCUGUGCACAGGCAUUUUGAAUUCGUGUGCGUGUUUGUAGUAUUUAAUUAAAUCAAAUAGAACGAAUUUCAAAUAAUGUACUCUUAAUGUUGAUGCGCAAGUAUAACGCUUGCGUUUGCGUUGUUUGCGCAGAGCAAAUGAAACGCUCAUUAACUGAUUGUGUGUUUCGGUUUUGUGCGUAUCGGCUUCGAUAACGCACCUGUAUAGAAAACACACGCAGAUACAAUGUAUGCAAAAAGCCGUACUAAAGCCUUAAUAAAUUUUGUGUUUUCCAUAGUUGUGCACAAACAUGGAUGCGCCCAGCAGGCAUCACUUUGUACACGAGUCAGCGCUCUAGUAAUUUAAUAUAGCUCUAUGGUAAAAACAAACUUGAUCAAGAUUUUUAGCAGAAAAUACUGUUUGGAAAAACAUUUUACCAACACGUACCAGUAAGCAACAGAGCCCACUUAGGUAAAUCGUUUUUGAGUGGAAAACAAAUUUAAAAUUCCAGCAGUAUUCUUUCUCAUGUUUCAAAGAAUCAAACUGCUACUGGUUCCUGUCCUACAUGUAAGGCCAAAAAAAAAAAAAGUUCUGCUUCCAAUUACAUGGCUUUUGAAAAUAGGGUAGGUAG